GAUAACUGGAGCUUUGCCGACUCAAGUCAAGUGAAUCGCCAACGAACGUUACAGUUUGCAGAUUCUCUCGUACCGAGUGCGUGUUUAAAUGAUAUUAGAAAUUAAUUAAACACGUGCUGACAGUUUAUUUGAUCCCAUUCGAUGGUGAUUUAACCAGUGAUAAAUUUGUCAUUGAGUCGAAGGGAAGGUAGAAGUCAGGGAUGUUCCGCCGUUCUAUUGUGGUAAUUUUAUGGCUGGUGGUAACCUCCAUCGCAACUCCCCCGCCGGGCUACAUUACGGGAAGUGAAAAUGACAAGAAUCCCCCAACGUAUCGUUAUACAUACACCAUAAAUAGCGAUAACGGUGUGGGACAGGGAAAGGUUGAAACCAGAAGUGGCGAAUUGGCAAACGGUCGAUAUUACAUUAAUGGCGAGCAGUCAUCUACGGACGUGAAAUAUUUUGCUGACGAGUGGGGCUUUCAUCCAUUGGUCAAGUACAGUGCAUCAACUGGCCACAGUGUGGCUAAUGCGCAAUUGGCCCUCGGUGAACACGUAGUAAAAGGCGUAGUUAAUGACACCAAUUUCGCAGAUGACUCACAGGUGAUUCAACCGCAAUUUCCAAAUAAUCCUAUUACUUACAAAGUCAACAACGACGAAGAGCAGAACGUGAAGGGAAUACAAGUUGAGCAAGUGACAGAUACCCACGUCACCGAGGGAAUAAAUGAUGCAUCACUUACAGCGCUAGAAGAGACCCUGAUAAUUGAAAAUUCCGGUAGCUUCGGUCAACGUGUAGCCGAUACGGAGAGUAGUGGAAUUGCAGUGCUGAACCAAAAUGAAACUUACCACAUGACACCAGGAUUAGCCCGGCCAUCGGACUCACUAAUCCAUCACGUUUCGCCCGUAAAUCCUGACAUUAGCAUAAAAAAAUCAUCCAUAAACGACGACGCCGCCGUAUACAAUUAUAAAACCGCUUCAGAGACUAUCCGAGAGUAUUUGAAUGUAGAUAGUAAACAAGAAAUUAACUAUAAGGACCCACUUCAUCGUCAAGUAUUCCACCAAGAAUUUCCUAGCCAUCCGCUAGCCAACCAGAGUAACUCUUCUCCGGAAUCUGGAGAUAAUUCCAGCGUGGAGAUAUUGGAGAAGCCAGCACCACAAGUUUCCCCAAGAUUCUCUAAGCCUAUUGUCGUUGCUGAAGUCCCCAACUCGGAGGCAUUUCAGUAUAGCACAACUUUCCCCUGCAACGACCUCAAUGAUGAGAGCACUGGAUCCGUUACAUCCUCAACAAUUGACGACACUAUGCCAUCAAGCACCACUCCUCACAGUACUUUGUCAAGCGAUACUGCUGUUUUAGUAACGCCAAAACUUCACAGUCAGUCACGUAUAACCACAUCCUCAGUGAUACUAAAUCCAAUUCAGGUUGGGGUAGCUCUGGUGAAUUCUGGUGAAGCCCAUCUGAUAUCGAGUGACGCUGAGCGGCAAUUAAAAUUCGGUGACACCACCGAGGAGACAACUAAUGAGAGGACGAUAUUGUCAUUGAAGAAUAUUGUAAAUUCAGGAAGUGAUAUUGAGAUAUCCAAUGGACCUUACGAGGAUGUAAAAUCAAAAUUCAAUGGGCACGAUGAAACGACCAAUAUAGAGCCCAAUGUCGAUCAAACAGUUGUGAUACAGAAGUCACGUGAGUUAUAUCACAAUAACCCCGUAGAAGAGAUACAUUAUCCUGCUGAAAUUGCGUCUCAGGUAGUGACCAUCAAUCAACUGUCUCCAGGAUAUCUCAAUAUACCCGGAUUCGAGAAUGCAAGGCAGGUUGAGCAAGGUAAAACUUAUGCGGAUAUUGGUAAUGGCAAUUUUGGCUACCAAUCGAUAGUCGAUAGACCUGAGUUACUGCUGCAGGAGCUUCAAACGAGUCCCGAGGGUAGUUUACAUUCUCAAUCCGAUCAACAGGAGAAAAAUAAUGCUAACAAUUUUGUAAAUUCAGCAAAAUCCGUUGAGAAUUACGCACCACCUAAGAAUAUUCAUGGUGUGAGAACGGUGGAUGAGAAUGCCACUGGAGAGACAAAUUUUUAUACCGAUACAAGGAUAAAACAGGAUAAUGUUUACUCAGCAUUUGAGUUGGAAAAAUUACUGCAGAAUGCACUGGUGAAUGUACAGCAGACAGGUGGGACCCUUGGAUCUCUCACAAUAAGAGAAAAUAAUAGCCAAGAUAAUACAAAGUCUACCCUCCAGAGAUUGUUGGGUGAAGAGAGACAACAGAAUGUGUAUGCACAAGGUACACAUAUUAUAAGUAAUACAGUGCCAACGACAGAAAUCGAGAUGAAAGAGAUUUCAAGGGAAAUAGAAAAACCUACACUACAGUAUACUUUAUCCCAGGAUCUUGGUAAGAGUACGAUUUACAUUCAUGGACCAACAGAGCAAGGAUUACUUCUGGAUAUUGGCAACUCCGCCAGUCAAACAAUUCGAGAGAGAGAAAAUCCCUCGGAGACAGAUGCGUCCAAUGUGAAAAAAUUACAAGUCCAGAAUGUGAUAAAUACACCCAAAGAUCCACCACAAAUUUAUCAAUUUCACGGUAACAAAAUUCUCGAGAAAUCGUUGACAACACUUAAGCCAUAUCCAAUUUCAGUUGAAAGAAUCGCUGAGAAGAGAGUACCACACCCAGUUCAUAAACUAGUACCUCAACUGUAUCCACUUCAUAUACUUCAACAAUAUCCAGUUGAGAAGAUUUUGGAGAAGCCUGGAGCCGUACCAGUUGGAGUUGAGAAGGUUGUUGAGAAGAAAGUUCAUGCAGUGGAGCCAUAUUCCGUUGAAACACCAAUAAAACCAGCCAACCCAUUAGAACUAACAAAUUACAUUGAGAACUCAAUUAAUAUACCAUACGGUGUACAGUAUGGAGUUAGUUAUCAGCAAAUUAUGAAUCCACCCACUAAUAAUUUGUAUGAUAAUAAUCCAAUUGACCAACAGAUACUAACUAAUGUAACUAGCCAGCAAUUCCAAGGCUACUAUCAUGAUAAACCACUUGCACCAGCUGUUAAUCCACGAUCAGCAUUAACCAAACGUUAUGGUUCUUUAAAUCAAUUAUCAAACAAUAAACAAUCACCGAAUAAAUUGCAGCAACAACUGCAACAAUCUGCUCACUUGAUUUAUCCAAAGAAAAUACACUUUGCCAAUCAAGUGGUAUUACCAUUGCAUUCACGUUCAAUCGAUCACCAAAUAACUCCACACAGACAUUUGGUUUAUCGUGCUAUCGAUAAAGGAACCAAUAAAAAUGUGGAAUACAUAGGACCAGUACCAUUACCACAGCAUGCACUGAAUCUUCAUCAACAAAAUCAAGUGGUACAUCCGCUUCAUCAAGAAACACUUCGGUACUUGGCCACUGUUGCACGAUCGAAUGGUGCUGGUAACUUCAGGAGAACGAGAUUGCCGGAUGUACAUUAUCAAACUAGAACGAGUAAUUUCAGACAGUCGAAAAUGGAGUAUGGCUUUAAACCGCCAAUGGUACCAUCCGUACAGUACGAUGAACAAACAGCAACUAGAGUGGAUAAUUGAUAUACUCAAUUUUUCAAACAUUAAUCGUUGAAAAAUUCGCACUCGUGUAUUUCCUUUGUACAUUUUUCACUUCCACUCUCUCUUUAAUUUUGUAAUUUAUCUUCCGGCGCCCCAUUGUUUACUUUAAGUGGAUAAUAAUAAAUAAAGCUCAUGUAUUUUUUCCCCGUGUUCAUGUGGUAAGUGCAUUUACUAUUCCUGGAUAAGGGUUGAAUUAAAAAACAGCUGGGAACUCCCUUUCGUAUAAGUUCACCGAUGAACCCACUAAAUAGAUUAAAACUCUCCUUUUGGUUUUGCUGAGGAGUGUACGAUAGUGGAGGUAUGGGAGGUAAAGUUUUUCGAUAAAAAUAAACGAUGACAGGAAAACGCCAAAGAGACUCCGAUGUCAUUUAUAGGACGGCAUUCGCUGAGUGCAACCAACUUGGAAAACAAUAAUACGAUGAAAAACUUAUAGACCAUUAAUUUAAUGCCCGGUCUUUGACGGCUUCUACCAUUCAGGGAUGAUUUAUAUCGAAAUCUGUGGACCAUUUACCGUGAAUUUGGAUGGAAAAGUUUGACGGUAUUUCAACGGUAAAAAUAGUUAUCAGUAAUUUUGCAUUUAACGUGAUGGAUUGUUGUAGCUCUACUAGAAGAGAAUGCGUGAGCACGUAUGAGCCAGUAUUCACGAUGACAAAUGACACGAUUCGGGCUGUAAAUUUCCAAAUCCUGGCGAGAAGUUUCAUCGCCAACUCAUAUGUACGAAACUCGCAGGAGCGAGAUAGCACCAGGAUUUUAGUUCCUUAUCCGUGCUAUUUUCCUUCGUCCUCGGUGCAUUUUACGACAUAUGGACGAAAUGAAGUUUAUUACAACACGGAGGGAGUUCAGCACCUAGAAAAAAAAAGUACAGAGCUCCCUUGGAUUACAGAGAGCCGAUACAUUACGGGGUUGAAAUGGGUGGGGUCGUAACUAGGACUUUCAUAAACUUUAUGUACCUACAUUUCAUUUUGUCUUUUGAUCUAACUCGUAGAUUAACUGGAUUAAUAACCCAGAGGAUAAUGUUGAGCACUUUUUUCACGGUUGCCGUUAUAUGGCUCUUCAGUAUGAGAGAAUUAUUAGCCUGCAAUAUAAUUAAGGUAAUAGAUGUCUGAAUUUUAAAUGAAAAAAAAAUAAUCUUUGAUUUUUUUACUCAAGAUUGAGUGGGUAAUGUCUGUAAUUCAAUAAUUUCACAUCAAUUUUAAA